GCUGAUUACCAUGCAAGAUGGAGAAUGGCGUAGCCGUUCAACCAUGGAGGUCACUCUUCCUUCAUUCUAUUGUUUCUUCUAUUGAUGGAUUGUGCAAUGCUAUCAUAUUGUGUAUAUUGUCUUCCCCAUGUAGAAUUGUUCGGUUCCACGAGAUACAAAUGGAUCACAUACACUGGAAAUGGUGGAUUGUCCGUGUGAGGGUCAUCAAGAAAGGACAUCUGCAAGAGAAUUAUUACGGCGAUCUACAAAUUCGGUUAAUACUAAUUGAUGAAUUGGGCACUAAGAUGGAGGCAAUUGUUUACCAUCGUCAAGCUGAGCAUUUCAACCAGCUUUUAAGAUGUGGAUCUGUUUAUGAUUUCUAUAACGUCGGGUUUGAUCCGACGGAAAUGAUCGUGCAUCUAAGAUUUAAGAUAAGAUCUCACUUCUGCAUGAUUCUCAAUAGUGCAACAACUACCCGCACGCCUCAUGGUCAUGUCCACAUGCUACGUUGUCCAUGGCGUUUUCCAGAAUAUGAUGAUAUUUUUUUGGCAAGGCACAAUUCUUUAGUAGAUGUCAUUGGAUUAGUUGUGCAUGUCGUGGACAUUGAGUUCAGGAGUUUGUAUUUGCGUCGGACAAGGAUAAUCGCGCUGGUUAAUCCUAGGUUGCAGAUAAUUUUCGUUCGUGUAUGGGACCAACAACUUACCCGCAACUUGACUAGGUGGCGCUCACCACGGACACAUUUCGAUUGUUUUGUGGCUACGCUGACGAGGGUGGACAGAAGAGCAGAUGAACUAUCAACUACUUAUGAAUCUGACAUAAUUUUUAAUCCUGAUUCAGCAUCAGCAAAUGAAUUCAAUGUUCUGCGCCAGGCGUUAGAAGUAUCACCUUCUAAUGUUCAAGAGCAGGUUGAAGAGUCUAUCGCUAGAAGAAACCUUCAUAAUUAUCAACGCCAAAACUAGAAGAUUUUAAUGAAGGCAACUAUAGUUACCUUUAUUUCGCAUACAAAUAAUGAUUUUUCGCUUCCAAGUUUUUAUAGUGUCAUCAACUUUGUUGCUUACUCAGAAUAAGCAGCACAAUUUUACAAUCUCAAUAUGAUACAAAAGUUGUUGCCACUCAUAUAAAAUGUUGUCCACGAAUCUAUAUGAAAAGCAUUUUUUACGUGCGAUCAAGAUGAUUUUUCCGAGUGGAGGAUUUGACCGUAUGUACCUGAGUGUCUAGAAAACU